AUGUCGAUUCCUUUCUCCAACACCCACUACCGAAUUCCACAAGGAUUUGGGAAUCUUCUUGAAGGGCUGACACGCGAGAUUCUAAGGGAACAGCCGGACAAUAUACCAGCUUUUGCAGCAGCAUAUUUUGAGGACCUUCUAGAGAAAAGAGAGAAAACCAACUUUGAUCCAGCAGAAUGGGGAGCUAAGGUAGAUGACCGCUUCUAUAACAACCAUGCAUUCAAGGAGUCUGAAUCACAUGAGGAAGGUACACCUGAAAAAGUAAAAUCACAGGAAUGUACAAAAGAAGAGGAGAAACCUGUUAACACCAUGUCUUCUGAGGAAGAUACGGGGAAAAAAGAGCUCGCCGCUACCAAUAUCCAAGCAGCCUAUCGGGGGCACUUAGCCAGAAAGUUGGUGAAGACUAUGAAAUCAGAAGAAAAGGAAGAUGAGUGA